UGAAAUUUGACAUUUGACCACGUAUUUGACGACAGAACAACUAAUCAACUGUUUUUUAAAAAAAAAAGAGAUUAUUUGAAUCAGUUUCUAUUACUUCUUAGGUUUAAUAUUAACAAUUCAAGAUGAAGAAGAAGGUUCUGUUAAUGGGUAAAAGUGGUUCAGGAAAAACAAGUAUGCGUAGCAUAAUUUUUGCUAAUUAUAUUGCUCGUGAUACUCGUCGUCUAGGUGCAACAAUUGAUGUAGAACAUAGUCAUGUUCGAUUCCUUGGUAAUUUGGUAUUAAAUCUUUGGGAUUGUGGUGGUCAAGAAGCAUUUAUGGAAAAUUACUUUGCUUCACAACGUGACAAUAUAUUUAGGAAUGUAGAAGUUUUGAUCUAUGUUUUCGAUGUAGAAUCCAGAGAAUUAGAUAAAGAUAUGCAUUAUUAUCAGAGUUGCUUAGAAGCAAUACUACAAAAUAGUCCAGAAGCAAAAAUAUUCUGUUUAGUACAUAAGAUGGAUUUAGUACAAGAGGAUCAACGAGAUUUAAUAUUUAGAGAAAGAGAAGAAGAUUUGAGAAGACUUAGUUUGCCACUCGAAUGUACUUGUUUUAGAACUAGCAUAUGGGAUGAAACAUUAUAUAGGGCAUGGUCAUCAAUUGUAUAUAUGUUGAUUCCAAAUGUGAAGGAGCUUGAAGAAAGUUUGAAACAAUUCACCAAUAUUAUUGAUGCUGAUGAAGUUCUUCUUUUUGAAAGAGCAACAUUUUUAGUGAUUAGUUAUUGUCAAAGACAAUUUCAUAGAGAUGUACAUCGAUUUGAAAAAGUUUCUAAUAUAAUAAAACAGUUCAAAUUAAGUUGCAGUAAACUGGCAGCACAAUUUCAGAGCAUGGAAGUUAGAAAUACAAAUUUUGCUGCUUUUAUUGAUGUAUUUACAUCAAAUACAUAUGUAAUGGUUAUUAUGUCAGAUCCUGCAAUUCCAUCAGCAGCAACAUUAAUCAAUAUUCGUAAUGCGCGAAAACAUUUUGAGAAACUAGAGCGUGCUAGUCAAAGUUCGGCAUUAAGUAGAUAG